AACUUCGCAGAGAAGAGACUAGCGAAUAACAUUUCAGGACUAAACAACGAUACAUACGUUGACAACAGGUAGUUUGCCAGCCACGAGGGGAACCUUGACUAUUUAGUACUUCAUAUUUUCCAAGUUUGAAGACCUAACAUAAUAAAAUGGCUGACCAACUGACUGAGGAGCAGAUUGCUGAGUUCAAGGAGGCGUUCUCACUGUUCGACAAGGACGGUGACGGCACCAUCACCACCAAGGAGCUGGGCACUGUCAUGCGCUCUCUGGGACAGAACCCUACUGAGGCAGAACUACAGGACAUGAUCAACGAGGUAGACGCUGAUGGUAAUGGAACGAUCGAUUUCCCAGAGUUCCUGACGAUGAUGGCAAGGAAGAUGAAGGACACAGACAGCGAGGAGGAGAUCAGAGAAGCCUUCAGAGUCUUUGAUAAGGAUGGGAACGGCUACAUCAGCGCGGCAGAGCUGCGGCACGUCAUGACCAACCUCGGGGAGAAGCUCACAGACGAGGAGGUGGACGAGAUGAUCCGCGAGGCCGACAUUGAUGGAGACGGACAGGUCAACUAUGAGGAGUUUGUGCAGAUGAUGACAGCCAAGUGAAGUGGACUGUGCUCUCACACAUUUCUCUCUCUCACAUUGCUUGUCCUCCUAAGAUCACUCUGUCUUUAAGAAAACAAACCAAUAAUCAAGCCAAAAUGUAAAACAAAAAAAUGAUUCAAUGUACAAAAUUCUUUAAUCAAAAAAAAUCCAAAUACUUCUACGGGAUCUGUUUUAAGAGCGACUGCAGAUGAAUCCCUAACAGAUGUUAAUGGACCAAGCUUUAACGAGGCGUGAGGCCGUUACUCCAGAGUAAGAUCCUUC